AAAAAAUUAAUUUGUCAAAAUAUAUCGCUAGAUUGAUGAUGGAGCUAGCUUCCGAUGGCAAUUGCUGCCAUUAUAAAGCACAGGCGAACGAUCAAUUGCGAUUUGAAAUUACACCUUACCUUAAAAUCUGUCAUGGAAACAGGUCUGACUACGACAUGUCGGCGAAAAAUUCGACAAAAAACAUCCAGAGGGCUGUGACUCAAGGAAUCAAUUUUUAUCGGCUAAUUCAAGCGAGUAAACAAGGUAUUUUCAAUCAAAUAUCACCAAUAACGUAUCAGAUAUAAUUCGUAGAUUGUCAUUUUGAAGUUUCCUUGCGAAUAAACCGUUAUAUUUCAAAUUAUAAACAAUAACAAAGGAAUGGUUGAUCGACAUUCUUUAAUUUGUUUAGUUUACGAAACUGUCAAGGUUGCAAUGGUAGCGCGCAUCGCACUGUAAUGCCUCUCUUCCAAUACGCCCUCCUAGUAGACAAAACAUAAAUUACGCUAAUCAUUGUUAUAGCUUUACGGUAUCCGUGAGAAACCUAACAAUAAGCAAAUCAGCAGGUGCGGCUCUGCUCAGCGUAACAAAAUCUUUUUAGUGCUUUUGAAUGACAAAAGCCACAAGGCGAUUUAUCUGUUGGAGAUUUAUGUAUGUAAGUUUAUGUAUGUAAAUGUAACUAAGUAAAUGUUUCAUCCUCCAAUUUGCCAUAAUGAUAUAUCACUUAGAAUAUUUUCAAAGCCGAAUACAGCGACAUUUGUUAAUUUAUCUGAUACAACGACAAAGUUGCCAAAUCGAAAAACAGAUGGCCAAGUAGAUCAAUACGACUGCGGCAGGGAUCGGUUCCUCAAAGACCGGAAAUUAUAGCGGAAAAAGUUGUCAGCAGGUACACGCAGCAAGCUUCUACUGAAAUGACAGCUCAUUUAACAAAGAAUUUUAUUAAAAAGAUGGACUAAUAAAUAAGUCAGUGCCCCCUUCGUGAUCAUAAGUACAAAGUAGACAUAAAUGCUUCGAUAGAUUGGUGUUCUCAACUUGCUCACGGACCUCUACGCAUGAAGUACACUGACAUGUAAUCAUGAGAAUUUUCAGUUAUUCUUUAGCAAGUGUCUUGGUGAUUGUUUUCUCACAUGCGCUGACCGAAAAUAUUCCCAGUGAAACAAGAAGGAAAGUAAAGCAAGUUUUACAUACUGAGACCACGGGAGGGAAUGAAGAAAACCAAGUCAAUCUGAGUGGUCAAGUCUACAUCAACAAGACAAAACUGUAUCAAGGUGAUGUAGUCUACUUUCGAAAAGAUGAAGACAAUAUUCUUCAUCCCUGGAGAGAAACUUCUACAGGUAUCACGGGAAAAUCCGCAUUUGUUAAGUCACACCACAGUGUGAAUGAUCUUCAAGCAGAGGAUAAAAACCCCGCCAUUAAACCGCCAAGACGCUACACUGAAGAAUAUCAUAAACGGCUGAAAAGAAAUUCAUCAGGUGACAAACCUCGAUCGAACCUUAACCCAAAAGACACAAUAGGAUUACGUCAAGAUGAUAAACGGAACGGGAAAGCGCUUGAUCUAGAUUCUUCUUUGCAAAAGCGCCUUCAACAGUUGCAGAUCCCACUACAAAAUAAAUCCCGCAAGAAAAACAGACGAAGAAGAACUUCACAACCUACAUAUGACCAAUGCCAGAAAAACAGCAGCAUGUCUGAUGAGAGAAUGACGGUCUGUGAGGCUAGACUGUCAUGCAAAGGGAAGUGUAACAACCCACCCUCCUUCUCGUUCAGCCUUGAUCUACUCUGCUAUUGCGACGGCGAGUGUGAGAAGUUUCUGGACUGCUGCGCGGAUUAUGAACAUUUCUGCAAACUCAACACGACUGGGAACUUCACAAUAAAUCAGAAUCAUAUUCCUAAGAAUUCCAGUACCACUGAUGCACCAUUUCCCGAGGAUUUCUAUGCGCCUUUCAGAAGAUGGGGCUAUUGGUCUUGUGAGAGAACGACAGACAGCACUGAUAUGGAUGAUAAGCGCGUGCCCAAGGGAUACUAGAGACGUCUCCGCUAAAUCUAGAUGCGAAAGCGGUUUCAGUUUGUCCAAGGUAGAAUCAGCUCAAGCCUUGCUGAAUGCUAGACCCGUGUACACGACAGAUGGCAAGGUCUUCAAGAAUCGCUACUGCGCAGAGUGCCAUGGUCUUCGUGGAUCUGCCCUCAAGGUGUACGGAGUCUCCUUCGGCUGCGAUUUCACAGCUCCUGAAUCGAUGACCAACGGAGAGAAGCUGGAUUUUCUUGUAUCGCGAUGUGAUGAGAAAAUUUCCUGGGUUAUCCCAAGUGGAAGUCCUAGGAGGAUGUGUUUCUACUUGGAGAAGUCGUGUUUUGACGCAAGUAACUGCGAUAACAGGUGCUCAACUGGCAAUGUGGGGAUAGUUUAUGAAGGAUUCAAUUACAAAAACUCGUUUUGCCCUUCUUGGGAGAGUUCUCCGUUGUGCGGACCGCAAGAAAUUCCAGUUGGGGGCUCCACAGCAUCGUUUUCAAUCAUUUUUAACUUUGGAACAAAUGAUCGCUCGAUCUCAUCGAUUAGGUGUGAAGAAAACCUUGUGUACAACCCCUUGACGGAGAUGUGUGAGAGCGGCUUUCUUUCCUCUCCACCGCGGAGCUCAAGCUUUGAUAAGUACAGAGUAACGCUUUGGAUCCUAAUCAUGAGUGCGGACUAUGGAACUACAUGGAAAAACGCGUUCGCGUCAAUACUUUAUAGGACAUUUUCUGGCAAUUGGAAGUUCACAAAUAUCGAGACAAUACAAAGGCAAGGGUACUGGUACAUGAUGUUUGAUGCAGAGUUAACGAAACAAAAUAGACGAAUAAACAGAAGAGACGUAACGGCUGCGAUAAGCUUUGAACGCGUACUGCAUUUCACUUCUCCAUUUAACAUGACUAUCAAUGGUACGGAAUGCGAGGUGUUUAAAGCCAUGGCAAGGGUUAUAUCUUGCUCCGAUCUGAGAAAGUACGAGAAGAGCGAGUACGCGACACUUGUGACCCCGACCGGCUCCGUCUACAUCAACGCGUCUGGAGAAGUCUUGCGCGCAAGAGACUACUACACAAAUGGGACUAACGUGACCAUUGGGCCCAUCUACGUGUGCCACGCUGGCCGCCAUAAAGUGUCUAAUUGUUCCGGAGUCUUCUUGAAGGUUGAACACUUUAUAAUUUUUCCGAACAGAUCCAUUUAUGUCAACGUAUCAGGCAGAAUGCUCAAUCAAUCCGAGUACUUUGCGCAUAAUGGCACUACGUAUGUAUGCACGUAUCUCCCGCCAUGGCAUGAGAAGACAUGGGCUGAUGACCCCGCCCUGUCAUGGCUGACGCUUGUGUGCAUGCUGCUGUCUAUCGCUGGACUCGUCUUCUUUCUUGUCACCUACCUCCUGUUCAGCGAGCUCCGCACCAUACCGGGCGUCAACCUGAUGAAUCUCGCCCUUUCCACCUUACUAGCACAGGUCACGUGGCUCAUAGGUAUCAAUCAGACAGACAAGACAAUCACGUGCAUAACUGUUGCCGCUUUACUGCAGCCUGGUGUCAUUUAUGUGGACGUCAAUAAUCGCGUAUGACACUUGGAAGGCUUUCUCAAGUAGGAAAAACCGCGCAGCCCUGGGAUCUAGUAGUAAAAAGUUACGCCAGAGUCUAAAGUACAUGGCACUCGGAUGGCUCCCAUGCUUAAUGUUGGUAGUC